AUGGCUGAUGGUCUUGCCGACUUGGACCUGAAUUCCCUUAUCGAUGGCCUGCUCGACGCGGGCGCCUCGCAUGAGGAUGAAGCUGACAGCGGUGACAGCCAGCCAGUUGAUGGGGCUGCGCAAUUGGUGCCUGCACAGCUAAACCCACACGGGUUAGAAGCAGAUGAGUUACUUGACCUCGUGAGCGAUUUGCUGCCUCCAGUUUCUGAAGAGUCUUUUCGACCAGCUGCGAAUCCUGAUCUACGUGAUAUCUUUGGCCCACGAGCUGCAUUGUCUCAGCUAGGGGACAGCUUUCAGCAGCAGAUGUUCAAGCGCUACUGUGCUGCUACAAGCGCUGGGAACGGUCAUGAGAGGCCAGUUCUGCGGAAAGCAGUGGUAGCGGUGACUGAUUGCUUGGUUCGUUCUGGAAGGCACCGAUCUAUGUCAGCGAUACAAGAUCAAUCAGGGACAUCACGUCGCUCGCUGCAGCGAACCCUUUUUCAGCUCGCAGCAGUUCUGCUGCAUGGUGGGUGCUGGUUGGUAGGUGCCAUGCUGGGAAUGUGUUCUAGAUGGUUUCAGAGCAAGCGGAUGCAGCCAGUCCUGGCUGUGAACAAAUUCCGAUACGACGAGACCCCACUGCGCAUGAGGCUUGCUGAGCUGCAGCAAUUCAUCCCUGAUUUUGUGCAGCGUGGUGGACACUUGUCAGAGUCCUACAAGUACGUCAAGAUACUUCGAAUCGACUGGACCCUAGGCUUGUUGAUCUAUGAUGUUGCCACGCUUGGCCACAGACUCAUCACAGUGGACAUUCCAGUGGCCAUGGUUCCACUGGAACGGACAACAGCAGAAACACAAGCCGCCGCGAUUCGGUCUGCUAUGGCACGUGUUCCAGAUCUCCAUCGGCACCUGUCGCUCUACCCCGAGCAGGUACGUCUGGCCUGCAUCGACAGAUACGCCGCGAACCUGAAGGCCGAAGAUUCUUUUAAGUCUUCGCAACCUGAGAUGAUCCGCACGAUUUUUCCUUGUGAUGUGCAUAAGGCAUCGGCCGUCAUCAAGAAAAGCCUUCGACCGUUCGAAGAGGUGACAUCGGGCUUGGUGCACACCGGGUUGAGCAUGGAAGGCGGCGGGUCCCUGGCAGUGCUGAGGCAAGUACUGCAGGAAGUGUUCGAGAACGACCUUUUCGUGGAAAACACACCGGCACCUGGGGGCUCCAUUCGAAAUCACACAAGACAAAUACUGGAUCUUUUUUGCCCCACUCAUCCUGGUGCUUCCUCACCCCUGAAGAACAUGCAGCGCCAGUUCGUGCUGCAGUAUUUCUGCAACAGUGACAUCACCCAAGAGCGCAUAGUGCACCACUGCACAUUCUCCUGCUGUGCCAGCAGGCAGGAAACGGCAGAUCGAUUCGCUACAUCAGUGGUGCUUGCGUUCCUGCCACGAAAGUGCCCGAUGCUCAAACGCAAGUCAUGGACUGACGCAGAGCAGCCAAUGGAAUGGACUGGGUUGCUACAGUCGUUCUGGGGCCUUUUCACGAAGGUCAUGGUGAAAUUCACGGGAUCAGCGACAGCCGCUCCAGUGGCAAGGGUCUCUGAAGAGCAUGAUGAAGACGAGGACUUUGGCCAGGGCGAAGCCGAAGCCGCAGCCGCCGAUGCCAGAGUCUUGGAUGCAGAUGCUGCCACCGCGGAGGAUGUCUUGGAGUUGGUAGAUGGCAUUCUGGCACAGGGAUCCGGCGUGGGUGAGGCUGAGACUGGAGAUCAGGACGAGGCCGCACCCAUGCUGCCAGACGGUGAAAUCGAUUGGCAUGAGCUGCAGCUGCGACGCAAGAAGAAAGCUGGUGUUUUCGCGUGUCGUGCAUCUCUCAUGGAGAAUCUUGGCCGUCUUGGCCUUUGGAUGUUUUGUGAAGGUGAGAUGAGAAUUGUAACAAACACCCAGAUUUCAGCUUUCAAGCAGCGUCUUUAA